UUUUCCUUUUUUCAAUUUUAUUUUAUCCGGUUCCUGAGAUUUUGAACCUUCAGGGUGCAAGGGAUGAGGAGGUUAAUUGGAGUAUCUGCUGCUUCAGAGUAGAGAAAGAUUUUUCAUUUCGAAAUUUAAUUUGACAGGUCUGUUUCUGGUUGAGUUUGCUGAUUUGUACCAUGGGUGUCUCAGGAAAAUGGAUUAGGGCACUGGUUGGUUUAAAAAAGUCAGAAAAGUCACCUUCUUCAGAAAAGGAUGAAAAUAGGGCAGCAGCUAGCAAGUUUCGGCAUCGGAGAAAGCACUCAGUGGAGAUUGAUACUGAUAAACUUCAGGAUGAAUUUGAUCAGAAUGCUGCUCCACUAGUUGGAGAUGCUAAUAUAAAUGUGAUUGCAGAGACUGUUGGCUCUCCAUCAUAUUCACUGCAAGUGCAAAAUAUAGUUCAUGAUCAACAAAACUUGAGAGAAGAAUGGGCUGCAACACGCAUCCAAACAGCUUUUCGUGGAUUUUUGGCUAGAAGGGCUUUAAGAGCAUUGAAAGGGUUAGUGAGACUUCAAGCCCUUGUCAGAGGUCAUGCAGUGAGAAAACAAGCUGCAAUAACUCUUCGCUGCAUGCAAGCUUUAGUAAGAGUUCAGGCCCGUGUCCGAGCAAGGCGUGUUCGAUUGGCAUUGGAAAGUCAAACAGCACAACAUAAACUUCAGCAACAACUUGCGAAUGAGGCUCGUGUUCGAGAAAUAGAGGAAGGAUGGUGUGACAGUGUAGGAUCAGUUGAAGAAAUUCAAGCCAAGUUGCUCAAGAGGCAGGAGGCUGCUGCUAAGCGUGAGAGAGCCAUGGCAUAUGCUCUUGCUCACCAGGUAAAUUUUUUUGCUCCCAUUGUGGGUUUAUGA